AAAAGCCUAAAAUAUUUCGAAAAAUUUUAACGUGAAAAGGAAAAGUGCGAAUUGGGAUUAAGCUACAGCAAAGCCAAUAACAACAGCACAUAACGGAGGCGGGGCGUGCAUAUUGUACUAACAACAACAACGUGCUGGAUUGACCCACUCCCCCCUGUCUGUUGUGUGUGUGAGUGCGUGCCAGUGCCAGUGCCAGAAAUAACGCGGCAUUGUUUUUGUAAUCAAGCUGCAGAAAUAUUUAUAUAAGCACAUAUGUAUAUGUUUUACAAUAAUAUAAGAACCUCAACAGCAACACAGUUACCUUUACCACCGCGCACGCCACAUCAAACAGCAGCAAAAAAAACAACAAAAAAAAUAAAUAAAAAGCUCCCAUGACAACGCAAGGACAGCAACAUUACACAGGAAGCCCAGUUAAUUUGCCCACAACAGCGACAAGAACUACAACAAAAUACAAAUAUACAUACAUAUGUAUGAACAUGUGUAUAUAUGUAUGUACAUAUGAGCAACCGCAAUUAAAAAUACACCAAGAGCACCAUUAGCGCAACCCAAAGCAGUCCCCCGCCCAUAUCACACACACAGACACAAACACAGUCACAUAAAUAGAGACAAACAUUUGGGCAGCAUAUGUGCGCAUGUAUGUGUGUGUGCGUGUUAGCCACCUGCUGCUGCUUCGACCUGCUUUGUAGGGCAUCACCAUCAUCAGCGAACUAAGUUGGCGCCGAAUGUGCUGAGCACACACCUGUGAAGCAAAGGACUUUAAAAGCCAACAUCAUCCACAUUCACACCCCUGGCCAACAAACAGUGCUGCUUCAAACUGCGCCGGUGACAACAGCUUUAAGCAGAAGCCGCCGCCGCCAAUCCUGGUGGUGACGUGUAGUUGAGGACGCGGAGGCCCCAAUAUGAACGCCAGUCUCAUCUAUGAGAUACUCAUGUAUCUGAACUCAUUCUAUUUUGGCAUGUACGCCGCCUUUGAAGUGGGCGUCAGCGUGCUGAAGGCAAUCAAUUUGAAUUACGGAGAAAAUGUUUUAUCACGGGAAGCGAGCAUAUUGCUUGCCCUUUGCAUUAUUGAGACGUUGCGCAUUGUCUUUGGACGCAAAAGCAGCUUGAGCGAUCGUGGUUGGCAAGCAACAGCAUCCGUAAUAUUAACACUGCCCAGCCUUGGUAUUGUUAUCUAUUUAUGUUGUUUUCAAACUUAUGUUCUCAAACUCGAAAUUAUUCUGAGUGCCUUAAUGAUCACCCUACAAGGUGCUGAACUAAUCUACGCCAGCAUAUUCAUUUGUACGAUGUGUCGACCCGUAACAUACACCUAGCAGUUGAUGUUCGCAACGUCGACGGCGCGAAGGACGGCGACGUUGGAUGCUAUCGAUGCUAGUGAUGCCACCAGCAGCGAGUUGUUGGUAGUACUGCUGCAUCAAACGACCAAGCAGCCACAGAGAGGACGACGACAGAGGGGGUGGCGACGACGCAUUUUUUGGCAUAAUUACUUCAAACAGUUUACGUUUAAAUUGAGCGAUUUCGAUGUGGGCUAAGAGAUAUGGAUGUACACACAAACAGACGGAAUCACACACAGCAUAAAUACAAACACAUUUACACAUACACAUUCAAACACAACGGAAGACCACGAUAACAAAACGCAAUUUAAAGGAUUUACGGAGCAUAUAUAGUACUUAACGAGAUAUUAACACAAAAGAGGAUAAUACGCUGGCGUAUUGAAAGCAAAUCAAAUCCAAGAAGGAAACUCACGAACCGUUAGCAAUUGUUUUCCAUG